CAUCACAUUUAUCAGGAUAUUCUUAUUUUAUAGACACACGAUGUGCAGAGGACUAGCAGCACUGCCUAACAACUGCCUUGAAAGGGCUAAAGGCUUAAAAGCACGUGUGGGCAGCUUUCUACAGAAGCAUGAUUGGAGGCUCCUGUGGUACGCCUAUAAGUUAAGAAAACCAAGACUGACCUUGGAGGAAUGCCUGAGGUGGAAGGAGUCCUUUGAAAACCUGUUAUCCAGCAAAUAUGGAUUAUACGCUUUCAGAGCUUUUCUGCUAUCGGAGUACAGCGAGGAGAACAUCGCAUUCUACCUGGCCUGCAAGGAUUAUAGAAAUACAAAGUGCCCAGCCAAACUCCAGGCCAAAGCUCAGAGGAUUUACAACGAGUUUAUCGGAAGUGAAGCUCAAAGAGAGGUCAACAUUGACCACGAGACCCGGGACAUUACCCAAGCCAACAUGAGAAGCCCUACCUUCUCCUGCUUUGAUCAAGCCCAAUACAGAAUCUACAUCCUCAUGGAGAAGGACUGCUACCCACGCUUCCUUCGCUCCAGCGCUUUCCGUGACCUGGUAUGCCAGCUAGCCAAGAAGAAAGCUAAAGCUGCUACCGAAAAGGUUUGAACACAACCCACUCUGAAAGGCAUGAAAAAGGAGAUGAAGUAUUGAGAGAGCUGUCUCUGAUAGAUGACAAGCCCAGGAUUUUGUGUGGGAGGCAGCUGGCACCCAUGCAGGUCCUAAAAUGGGAGCGCAGGCCUGUAAUUUGGGAAAGAAGAGGAAGAUGGCAGCUCACGAACUGUAGCUGAAUAGAGUGGGAGCAGACGUUCCUAUUUCAACCCACUUCAUGAAAGCAUGUGGAUAAAAAUAAAGAUUAUGGAAAGGACAUUGUAGCACAGCCACAUGCCCACACAGAUACUGUCCACAAUUUUAAUAUGCAAAAAAAUAAUAAUAAAACUUUAAUAAAUA